CUGCAAAAUCAUUUUCCGGCGAAAAUUCUCAGGAGCUAAAAAGGAUAUUCAAUGGAUCAAGAAUCAUCUCAAUGUCCCUUUGUUGCUGAAAGCUUAAUCCAGAAAUGCCCUUUCUUGAGAAACAUCAACAAGCCUACCAAUUUGUUCUUCUCCUCCUUCAGUCUUCCAAUUCCGGUGGUGCAAGGAGGUAAAGGUCCGAUUUUUGAAGAUGGUCCUGGAUUUGAUUCAGCAUUCAAGCUUUUCCAUGGAAAAGAUGGUAUUGUGCCGCUUUCUGGACAUUCUAGUUUCCGAGAUGAUUUUGAAGAUGAGACGGCUCGUCGUGCUCCUCUGCAAUUCAAUCCACUUGCGGGGAAGGUAGCUACUAUAAGCCUAUCAGCUUUUGGUCCUGGAGGGCCUUUUGGCUUUGGUCCUUUCUCUGAGAAAUGGAAGAAACAACAGAAGAAACCUAAACCUUCCAAAAACCAACAGUCUGGGGACUCGUCGAAACAUGAGGCAGUUGGAGACGAAUGGUUAAAAACCGGGAAUUGUCCUAUAGCCAAGUCUUUUAGAGCUGCUAGCAAAGUCAUGCCUCUUGUUUCUAAAGCAUUAACGCUACCAUCUGGUAUGAAAUAUAGAUGUCCAGCUCCUAUAGUAGCUGCAAGAGCUGCACUUUCAAAGACUGCUUUGGUUAAAAGUCUUCGUCCUCAGCCUUUACCUGAAAAGAUGCUUGCAAUCGCUCUCAUGGGAAUGGCUGCAAAUGUGCCUCUUGGUGUAUGGAGAGAACACACCAAGAAGUUUUCGCCUUCAUGGUUUGUGGCGGUCCAUGCCGCUGUGCCUUUUAUAGCAAUGCUUAGGAAAUCUGUACUGAUGCCGAAAACAGCCAUGGCUUUGACCAUUGGAGCUUCGAUUUUAGGACAGGUGAUUGGGUCAAGAGCUGAGCGUUACCGUCUCAGAGCAGUGGCUGAGAAAAUGAUUACUGAAACCGCUAUGGUUUCUGAAUACAACCAGAGCCCUGGCGACUCAGGCAUUUCUGGGGGACAUUGUGGUACAGGAGAGGGAGUGAAGGAGGUUUAUUUCAAUGUAAAUGUUGGAGAAUCUGCUAAAUCAACUGGACUCUGUUAUUGAGAGAAAGUUCUUAUUGAUUCCAAAAACUACAAAUUACUAUGUACGGAUUGGAUGUUUGUGUGUGAGGGAAGGUUUUUGUAAUUCAGUGAAUUGUGUAAACCUAAACAAUGGUGUCGUUUUAUCCCUUCUAAUGGGUCUAAAUAAAAGUUUAAUAAUUCC